GAUGCGCCACACAAGAGGAUCGUCCGCAACAUCCGGCGUCUGCUCAACGAAACCGAAGAUCAGCCCGAGGAACGUUGGAAACAUAUUGAAAAUAUGCUUUUGGCCCUCCCCACGGCCUCUAAAACCAAUUGAUCUGCGAUGGGCUAAUUAUUUUAGAUUUUAAAAGCAAUAUAAAAUAUUCAAUGUCCUUUCUUGAGCUUCACACAAAUUUACUCCAAUUCAGUUUCAGAAAAAUUACUUACUACUCUACCUAAAUACCUGUUUAUCUAGUCUAUUAAAAGUUUGUUUUAAAAUGGAAAAAUGAGCAUUUCUUUACUCAUACUUUUUAUCUCAUUGAACCUGUUCCAUUCAUACAUGUAGGUGCUUGUUAUACAAAAGAGAAAAUUUUUCGAAAAUUAUUUGUUGAAAAAUUUACGUAUUUUCUUAAUUACGUAAUUUUAUCAAAUUAAUUAGAUAUUCUAUUUUAGAGAAGAUGCUACACAAAUUAUAAUUUACCAAUUUAAAUUAUUUUCCAUUGUUAAAAAAUAUAAACUUAUUUGAAAUUAAAAAUUGAUAAUAUUUUUUUAAUCUUGUAAUUGAUUUCGAAAAAUGUUCUCAAAAACCAAAUCUACCCGUAGUUUUUUCUCAAAUUGUUGUACCCCUUCCUCAGGCCCCACACUUGAAGAUCAAUUGCGUGCAAUGCAGAAACGCUUGGCGGAGAUUGCCGCAAUCCCCAUCCAGAUCCAAGCUACCCUGGAAAAUGUCACGAAGACCAUGGAGAAGCUCCUCCCGCCAGAACAAUCUCCAGAAGUCCUGAGUGAGGAUGAAAGUGAUUAUGGGUACGAGGAGAUUGAGCAGUACGAUGACUCAUAUCGCUUUGAUCAGAACGAGAAUGAGGACACAGCAUCCGAUAGAACUGAAGAUGCUGUUGUUGAUGAACUGGAUGACUCAGAAGAUUAUGUUGAGGAAGAACAGGCUGUCGUUUCCUCGGCAUCUGUCUCCGAGAUUUGCGACAAUGAGCCAGAGUCGGGAUGUGUUUCAGCAACGCCAGAAGAUCGUUCGGAGGGAGUAUGGAGCUCCUGGCCGUGGUCUGAGCCAGCUAAGGUUGUGCCUCGGAGAUCUAACUGCCAUUUAGUACCACGGACAAGCAUGAUUAAAAAUCGGAUAAAACAACUCAACGAGAAGCAAGUUUUAGCGCCAUACACGAGAAAUGAACAAAACGUGGGAAAUUGAAUUUAUUCUUGAUCACCUUUUUGGCGCCUUAUUGUUUAACAUUCAAGUUUUUUUUGUUGAGAAAAUAAAAUAAGAAUUAAAAGACAAA